CGCCGGCGUCGCAUCGCACGCCCCCGGCUACCGGAAGGAAAAACGCGAACCUAAAGGAGACUUCCUGGAUGUCGAUUGUCGCGUCCGUCAUCGCGCCAACCGCCCCGGUCGUGGCGUCCGUGCCCCGCGCCCCCGUCGCACGUCAUGUCCCUUUGCCGUCACAAAAAGUCGCGAGGGGCCCCGCGCAUCGCGGCCUCGUGGUCGCCCGUGGCGGCGAGAUUUCCUGGGAUGAGGCUGAUGAGAUCCUCACACUCGAUCUCGGUGGCGAGCAUGCCGACAUCCAGGUCGACGUGAAGGAUAAAUGGACGGCCGAGGUUAUGGUCAAGGCGCCCGACCGUCCCGGCCUGCUGAACGACGUCUGCGCCGCGCUCAACGACAACAACCUCCACGUCGUCGGAGCGGAGAUCACCACCGUGGAGGGCAAGGGAGAAAACAAGUUUGUGGUCAAGCUCCCGGAGGAGUGCCCGGUGACGUUCGGGGAGGGCGACUCGUUCUUCGAUGACGAGGGCGAGUUGUGCGGCACCAUGAUGGCCAAAGUGCGCGCCGUCGUCGUCGAGGCGGCGCUCAAGUCGUGGUCCGAGGGCGCCGUCGCCAAGAAGCCCCAGUACAUCCCGCCCGAGGAAUCCAAGGUUGAGGCCAAGGUGACCGCGACGGUCGUGGAGACGUCGCUGACCAAGACGGGCCAGUGCGUGGUCAUAAGCAUGGAGGCGACGGACAGGAAGGGGCUCCUCAACGCCAUCACCUCGGCGCUCAGGAAGCUGAACUGCGAGGUGCUCAGCGGGAGUGUCGCCACCAAAGACGGAAUCGCAAACAACCGGCUCGUCAUCGCGGCGCCGAGCAACAUGAAGAGCGAGAAGAUCCGACUGGCUGUCGAGGCGCUGGUGAAAUGACGCGCGCUGUCGAGCCGUGAAAUCGAUCGGAUCGCGUCAUCGGGUCCGGUGACGAACGAUGGUGUGUACUGUAAUAAAGCACGAUUUUGUCCCAAC